AUGCCUCCUAAGAAGAAGUCUGGAAAGAAAAAAGGUUCCAGCAAGAAGAAGAAAGGGAAGAAAAGUGGCGCGUCCAAGGAGCCGAAGUUAACGGUGGAGGAAGCCAUCGUGGCUUUUCAGUGAGUGUUUUUCUUAUUCUUGUGUCAGGUUCUGUUAUCACGCUUUUACUUCUUAAGAGCCUUGUUGAUUGUUCAUAUUUCCGUGGAGAUUUUUUAGAAAACCGUACAUUUUAAGAAAUAAUUAAUUUGUCCUUGUGUUAGUAGUUUAUUGGAUCUCUUAGCAACGCACGCUCUGUUCCCGCCGAGUUCCAAUUAAAUAUUCAUUAUUUUAAAACUUUUUGUAAAUUUUGGCACUUUAAUAACAUUUUAUACUGUAACAUUCUUGUGAUAUAAAUAGUUUCUGUAUAGCUGAUGCGAUUUACAUGUACGGGGUUCUCGGUAGAUAUAGACGCGCGACCCAUUGAUGGCUUUAAAAAGCUGAUGAGGGGGAAGGGCUCAAGAAAAUUUUAUACUGGGAGGCUCCACCCAGGAGUCCAACCCCUUACCCUUUCAUACCGUAAAAUUCCGAAAAUACUGUAAGUCCCUCCAUGUAUAAGCCCCUCCAAAUAUAAGCCCCCCAAACUGGUAACACAAAAAACCCUCUGUUAAAUCACCCCUCCAAAUAUAAGCUCCCUGGUGGCUUGUACUCAGAAAGGUGCCCUCAAAUACAAAGUAAAACAAGACGCUACAGAGCUAGCGUACACUUCGGCGUCGUGGUUGUAGAACUAGUAAUUGUAAAUACAUAGGAAUAGUAAGAAAUCAAAUAUGGUGAGAGUAAGGUGUGAAAUUAUGGGAUUUGUCAGGAUAUUCUGAAAAGAGCAACAUCCAAGAGGCCUACUUGCCAAAAACUAGCAUUUCUCCGCGAUAUUAGCCCUGUUAUGCUCUGAUGACUUCAUACAAAUCCUUCUAAAAACAAUUCUCUAUUUUUCUUAGUCACAUCAGGCUUCAAAAACAGCAUAGCAGUCUCAUGUACUGAUUAAAGAUAUGUAAGGCAUGGGUAAGGAGUCAAUUACGUUGAGCAUGGAAUUGGCUAAAACUCAAAGUCACGAGUUCGAAUGGUUUGAGGAUAAUUAUUCACUGACUAUCAGCACGCAGGGAUGUCGGAUUAACACAAGGAAGUUUAACACCAAAGGAACAUAGUCUUUAGAGAGCUUUAAAACACAGCAUCCGCCAACACAAACUUGACUUGAACUUUGAGUAAAACUAAACAGCCUCUACCAAUAAUAACAAACUCUCACUUGAACUUCAGAUAUCUUACGGCUUCCGCGAACUUGUAAACACAGAACCUGAAAAUCGACCUUCGUCACACUUGACUAAACACAGCAGUCCAGCUCGUGGGAAAAAACUUAGUGCGUCAAAAGAACUCGCUUGGAACUUGUAUACCGUUUGACAUAAGGUUCUAGAAAAUACUAAACAGGCGAAUAGUAGUAGCGUUUCGACACAUUUCGUGAUUUCAGUAACUGAUGCAAAUCUGCUGACUCAUGCUGAAAUGUAAACAUGCCCUAAUUAAUUAUUCAUGGCUAAUCCAAAAACAUAGAGAACGUGUGAGAAAGUCACGCAAUGCAUGAAAGCAAUUUUACUACGUAACACUCAACAAAGACAAAAUGUCUUUGUGCAGCAUUUUGUAACUUUAAAUUCAUCAUAAAACAGUUCGAAAGGAGGGCUCACUCGUGAAAUGUUUUUCAACACUCAAAGAGAAAUUUCGUGUCUCUGCGCGGCCACGAAAUAUCCUCUAUUUAUUCCUCGAGUAAUUAAAGACUAAACUCGAAGUGAUCUCAAGAUAUCACGAAGUAGUCCGAUCUCAUUUCGUGAAAUAGUUGAAGCCGAAAAGUCGUGAACUUGCACGCCCAAUCUUGUCCCGAAACUAGUGCAUCAUUUCAUAACUAUUUUUCAUAUCCCAAACUACCUUGGGUCGCAGUAGCGCAAUCGGCUAAUCCCUCAACUUAGAGUCUCCUCUGAUCUGACGGGUCACGCAGGUGAGUCGGUUCAAAUCCCCGGAAGGCCAAAAUAGUAUUUCUUUCUUCCUCGAAAAAGUUAAAGGAUAAAUCAAAGAAAUCGAAGUGAUCUCGAGAUAUCUCGAACUAAUUCGGCUCUCACUUCGUCAAAUAGCCAAAUAGAGCCGAAAACCUACAGACUUUGUUUGCCCAAUCUUGUCAAAAAAUUGCAACUUUGAUACAUUCCUGAUCGUCGCGAAUCCUUUACUUCGCGCUCCGCCGAAGUAACAAAGCAAAAGCAGUAAAUUUACUUCCAGCUAUAGGGCUAGCCUAACUUAUUUUGAAACACAAAUUUCCCUCUCAUAUCUGUAGAUAAGCCCCUCCGGAUAUAAGCCCCUCCAGAAAUAAGCCCCUCAAAAAGAGCCAUGGCUUAUUUUACGGUAUACCAUUUUUGACAGAAAAAGUACCCACUUCGUAUACCAUUCACUGAUAAAAAGGUACCCUUUUAAUAUACAGGUCUUCUAUUACAAAUAAAUCGAUAACAUUGAGGAAGUCUUCUUCACUUCCUUGUGUUCCUUUCAAAGCAAAUUGAUAAUUAAAGACCUCUUUAAAUACUUUAAUGGUAGAUUUUGCUCGGUCCCUUCAUAUACUGUAAAUGAUCUAAUAGAUGCCCAGGGUGUCUAUUUAAUUUGGGGGGCAUUUAAAGCGAGGGAAUUUAAUAGAUGCCAAGGUUACACAUGCAACAUCACACAACAUUUAAGUCUUUGACAGUUAUUUUGACACUUUGUGGUUUAUCUGUCACAAGCAGAUGUAUUUGCACAAAAUCCAUUUUGUCACAAAGCUAAUUGAGUAGUGAAUACCCAAUUUUUUCUGACAUCACACAGGUAGUUUAUUUUAUUUUUUGCAGCCCAUGACUGCAAGAGAAGUUUUAUAGUCUGAACAGAUAACUACCUUUAGUUAGUGUUUACAGCCAGUGAAAUUCCCUUGGUGGCUGGCUUCUUCUGUUAACCCUGUCCUUCAUGUUUCAGUCUUUCAUGUUACGUUGUAGUGCUGCUGCCAUAUUUGUUAUGGUUGGGAUAUGCAGAAUAUUCAACAAGAGUUAACAAAUACAUGUAUUAAUUCAAUAAUUAUAGGAUAGAGGUGAAACAAAGGAACUUUGAGGAUCUUAUGUAUGACAUGCAGUCUCUCCAAGAGAAGAAUGGAAGACUCAAAGACAGGGUAAGAGUUGUGGUAACAGGAGGUUCUGCACCUCCCCCUCCCUUACUUUUUAAGUGAACAAAUUCCACACGGAUAAUCAUAUAAUGCAUUUCUGGUUCUUUUUAUCCAUUACUAAGUAAGUCUUAAUAUAUUAAUUUAACAGAAACAAACUAGCACACAGUCAUGACCCCUACUUAUCUGAGUUGCAAGAUAGUGUUAUGAACAUAGACAACAACAACUUCUAUUUAACAAUUCAUUUUUCUGUCUGAAAAGUGGGGAAAUGGGGCUUAGUUCAAGUUAGCAUAGAAGUUGGAGUUACUGGUGUUCUACUGUAGUAACUUUUUUACCUGUGCAAGACUACCAGAUAUGGGUACAUUAUUUUCUGAUCUCUGUUAAUUUUUAAUAGAUAAUAAAUGUACAAAGAACAUAUAAUUCAAAUUUUAAUUAUGUUUUGUGAUUAAUUUACAGAAUCAAAGACUGAAAGAAGAGCAACUUCUACAUAUCAAAUCUCUCUUAAAACAAGUGAAAGAGAAAGACAAAGAAGUGGAGAAAGCAGUGGAGGUUGGACAUGAGCAAGUGGAAGCAGCACUCCUGGAGAAAUUUGAUGCAAUGAAGACAGAAGAAGCAGACGUUCAAGGUGCAUGUACAAUUAAGCUUACUUAAUGGACACUUUUUUUGCUGAGAUUAUUACAGGCAUAUUUUUUCUCCACAAUGAGCUUCCUUAGCACGGACACAAUGGUCAUUUAAUUUACCAAAAGAAGUCUUUGACCAAAGUGACAUGCUUUCAUACAAAAUUAUAAGUUUACGUGGUUGAGAAUAAAAAUUGUAUAUUUAAGGACCAACUUCAAGCUUCUUUGUAAAAUAAUUGUUCUGGCAGUCAAUAACUAUGUAUAGAAAUUAAGAACUGAAUUGAGAACCUACUUACAGCCUAAAUUGCCAAUGAGUAUCCCAAAAUACAAGAACCUAUUUUGCCAAACCUCAAAAAAAAAAGUCUCUUAUUUGCGGGUGUUUACUGUAUUUGUUACAACCAUGUACAGUUUUUUAAAUGGAGACAUUUUUCUGAAAAUGGGGUAGUUUCUUAGGUGUUAACCAUCCUUAACUCUUUGGUUCUGGUGUGACUCUUACAUGGUUGUAUCACUUUACAACCAUCAGGAAAAUUAGAUGCUAAAUAAAAAUGACAAAUUAAACCAACAACUGGCAAAUUUCUGUUAGUUUGUUAGUAAUUUUAGAAAUUAAAUUACAAACCAUAAGGCUUUCCUUUAAUUAUCGCGGACACAUAAAGUAAUGAAAUCAUGAUUUUUUACUUUAAUACACAGUUCUGAAAUUAUUGCUUUUGUAUUUAGUGCUUAAUGAUCAAAUUGACAAGAAAGAGGAAGAAAUAGCAGAUGUGAGGAAGAAUAUAAAAAGGCUUGAAGACUAUAGGGUACAAUAAUAUGUUUACUGACUUAUUGUUUUAAAAGUAACAUGAUUAUAAUCAAUGAUUACAUCGGCAUGCCAUACCAGUUCUAUGCUUAAAUGAUUAGUUAAAAAUAGUGGACACAUGUGAUGAUUUUAAGUUUUUGCUAGCAUUCAAUCCCUUUGUACCUGGGAGCAUUACAAGUUAUGGAAUGUGGUUAGGUUUUGCAAUAAGUGUUGAAUUAGCUCAUCAUUGGGCCAGGAACCUUGUACCACCCCUACUGUUAAUUGCACCUUCUCCAAACCCUUGGAUUUCAAUCUCUCUUUUGUGCAUCUUUUACACUUUGAAAAAGCUUAGCCUGCAUCGCAGACACUCUUAACCACUGAAAAGCUAUUCCGCCUCAUAUAUUGCUCCAGGGCAUGAAAGAACGGUCGGUCAGCGGACAAUGUUCGGACGGAUUGAGGAGUUGACCGGUCAACCUUUCGUCUUGCCAGUCAUGUUGACCGGUCACAUGCGAUAGUUUUGAAAAUGACCUUAAUUAAAAUUUCCAUACUGUUCAGUGGUUUCAGUUGUUACCAGUACAUGUAUGUAGUGAGUCCCUGUGUAUUAUGUGAAACUGGAACUGUUGUUUACAAUUAGCACAUUGAAACAUAUAAGCUUAUUUUCAUUUUGCCACUGUAAUUUAAUUAUAUUGUUGACAACGAGUGCUUUAAGCUAUAAGCUCUAAGCAACGACUGUGUUGGAAAUAUAUAACGCCAGUUAUGGUUGCUGGGCACAUGAUUUAAGAGCUAUUUAUCUUAUAAAUUUGACCUGCCAGAAACAAUAUGUGACUGAGCUAAAAUUAAUUUGGCUGCUCAUCAUGUCCAGAGACUCUCCUGAAAUUAUUUCGAGCCUUGGGCUCAUCUUAAGAAUACAGCUACAAGUACAAUAUAGGCUUUUAGCUACUUCUUCUUUCUUUUAACCUUCAGGACAAAGGUGCUGAGGAACAUGCCAAACAAAUAGUUUUACUAAAACAAGAUUUGAAAGAAAUGCAGGAUUCACAUGAUGAUAUUGCAGGUGAGGAUCAUGAGCAGCUUAUCGACUUUCCUCAGUCUCCAAGAAAACUUUUAGCUUCAAGAAAAUUAACCAGUAAUUAAAUAAAAUGACUUUGGUCGCCAAAAUGUUUCUUCUAUUUGUUCACAGCUCAUUUAGAAAGGAGCUUGAAAAUUGCAAAAGAUGAAAUUGAAACUUACACUGAAUCCACAAUAUCUAAGCAGAAGGACAUUGCAAAUGAGGUACCUGAUUUUAGAACUUGUCUGUCAUAAUUGUAUUGUCAAUGUGCUGUGAGUUUACAUAAUACUAAACCAUUUGGCUGCUUGUUUGAUUGUUCUUUCCAUCCUUGUAUCAAAGUUACAUGCACUACAGUCUUUUAAACCAACCCCUUACCAUUUUAUAUACCCUCAUUUUUGACCGAUGGUACCCCUUUGACACACCUAGUUUAGAACAUUGCAUCGCUUUUAACUGCUACAAAAUGCACUCUUAAAAUAUGAAAUUAGUCCCAAACCAGGAAAUUUUCUCGACUUUUUCACAGCCAUAACUUUUUCAAAUCCGUAUCCUUUCAUAUACCUGAGGCUUGUUAAAAGGCAUCCCUUUUUUAGGGAGUCUCCCCGGGGGGGUCAGUAAAAAUAACAACACGAUAGGCAUUUUCUUCUUUUUUCAGAAAGCAACAAACAACUUGGAUAAAGAUAGCUGUGGAGAAAUUUUAGACAACAGGUGGCUGAAAAAAGAGGUACAUCUAACUGCCGCCCGGAACUGAAAACACAGCGUUGGCACAAAAUUUAAAUUCAAAACUGAACGUUGCCUGUACACAGACUUUGUUUUCUAAUCAACGGCGAGCGCGCGAGAACGAACUGCAUUGUGUAGCGGGCAAUUAAGCCCCUGCGCUUUCUAUUUUCAUACCUGCACUUGACUAUCUCUACAGAGAAAAUAGAGGGUCUGUGAACAGGCUGAACUGAACGUUUACAAGGUCAAUUGUUGUAAAUUCUAAUUUGGCCCACAUUUCAUUAGUGUUUGUCUUGCUAGCAGAGUUUAUUUUUCUUCAGCUUGGUUUUGGCAUGCACGAAAUCGUUCAGGCCGCUUUACGAUUUCGUGAUGUACGAGUUUCUCUUGUACACGGUAAAAAACACACCGGAAAGAAACCUCCACUAGCAGGGGAUUUCAUGUUUGGAUGCUUUAAAAUGACUACGUAUAUGAAGCAAUUAACAAUGAGAUGCUUUUGAACAGUCAGGGUAAGAGGCAUGGCCUGAAGAUGGAUUAAGCUUUAUCCCUCUGUUAGCAUAAAAACUGGCCUUUAAAUAAUUGAAUAAUAGAAUCAUUUUCUUUUAGGUUUCCAUUCAUCGAAAAGGUCAUGAGGAACUUUCAGAAAUAGUAGAAGAACUGGAGAGACGAAACUUGGAAAUUAUGAGUGAAAUGUUUGACUGUAAAGUGGAAGAUCUCAAGUUUACAAGGUACGUGAGUCUUUGUAUUAGAGCAUUCAUGAUAGCUAUGAGCGUCGAACGCAAUAACAGCGUGAAAGUAAACAAUAGAAACUAUACAGCUAUGACAUUUACAGAACAUUUGAAACUGAAUCCAAAUCUAUAUGGCUAGUGACUAUAUCAGUGUGCAUUAGUUCAAAAUCAGCUCAGGUUAAAAUGGUUUUAACCUACACUGUGUCCAGUUUGAUUCUGAUUCCAAAUAUUUCAUCAACCCUUUGUAGUACCUUAUUUUAGAAAAUCAACGCUCCGUGAAAUUAAGGUAUCGGAAUUUUUUUAUAUAUCAACGCGAAUUUAACGAGAAAAGAAUUCCGAAUAAAGGAAAUUAACGUACGCAAAAGACAGGGUCAAUGAUUUUGUUACCUCUGCGUCCUGCGUCCCUGUCGCAUAAAAGUCCCCAAAGACGUAAAAUAAAUAGUGGAAUGUGUCCCCUGGGACGCAAAGAUCGAUUGAUCGAUCUGAAGAUGGUUUUGUAGAGUAUCCUGUUUGUUUGAUUUCUGUGGCUUUUGUGAAACGACGCUUAUUUCUUUUUGUCUUUGUUGUAAUUUACAAUAGAAGGAGUAUAUUUUUAUUUCAGUAAACUGUAAUACAGAGUUUUGGAUUCUGUCUUCAGACUAACUGUGUGGUUACAAAAGACCCAGGGACUCGUUGUUUUUUGAACUGGGAUUCAAUGGUUGUGGACUGGGACUCAUGAUUUUUCACAAGAUGAGUCCCAGGACUCACCAUAACUAUUUGUAAAAAAAAUCACGGGAGGGUAACAUUUCACAAUGAAGAAAAUUAACGUGACUUUCAAAAAGAAACAGAACUUAUUUAGAAAACAGGAACCGAAGUUAAACGUUUAAUCCGAAAUGGAAACUUUUUUUCGUGGUACCUUUCCGAUGGAUCUUCACAGUUUCACUGAUAGUGGUGGAUCUCCACCCAGUGGUAUUUAAUUAACGUUUACAACAAACGCGACUUAAAUUAACGCAAGUUUCAAAAAUUUCAUGAAGUGUUAAAUACGUUUCACCCAGAUAUCACUUCAUUUAAACUGUCUGUGUGUCUUUUCAGAAAGUUUUAUUUAAGCUGUGUUGAUGACGAGGAAAGUUCAGAUGAAGACAGUGAAACGGAAGAGGUGUUUGCGUCCCACGGGGUCAUAACAGAACAAGAUGAAAAACCAGAUGAUUUGUUGGAUAAUUACUUUCUUCCUGGAGAGGAUGACUUUGAGGUCCGUAACUAACUUAGAACUAGUUUAGCAAAAUCAGUUCCGAAAAGUUCGUUAAUCAACAGCGAUUUUGUGAAGUACAGUAAAAACCCAAGAGUAAGAACCUGGUUUUAAUAACCUGGGCUGAGUUGUUCAAAGCUGGGUUAAGAUAACCCAGGGUAAGAGCGAGAUUUGAAUUCAGAUUUGAAAGCUUAAAAAGCACUUUAGUUUUAAUUAUUUUCGUCUACAAGUUGAUGAUUGGAAGCUCUAAAAAUAACGGAGAAAAUUAUCCGAGAAAAUGCUUUUGAACACAAGAAAAAGAAACCCUGGUUAAAUUUAACCCCGCGGGUUAAGCGCUAAUCAGCCUUCGAACAACUGGGCCCUGUUGAGCUAAAAGAUGCCAGUUAUAGUAUGCAAGAACCUCGGUUUAAAAUCUAUAAGAAAAUCAAUCGGGCAAAUAAGAGAAGUUAACAUUCAGGAUCCUCUAUCGAGACUUUUCACUCCAACUGCAACGUAACGGUAUUCAGAUUUUAUAUAAGGAAAUCUGGAAUGAACUGAAUACCACCAAAUGCUCUUAGCUUCAAUGUAUUUUUUCUUCAGAAAAUAAGAACCUAUUUAAGAACCUAAAUAGCCUAAAUUUGUGCCUAUUACCAUCUAUGUAAGGACCUGUUUAGGUUAAGUUGGGAAAACGCAGGUUCUUACUCACGGGUUUUCACCGUUUUCUUCUUUGAACAGUAUAGCUUUGAGAGCUUUAAUUCUUACAAAUUUUUCUCGUUUAAGGGAGGAGGUAUCACAAAAAACUCCAAAUUUUCGCGUAAACUAAACUGGAAUUAUGGAGAUAUUCUCGCUGAUGCACACUGGCCUUUGAACGACACGAAAAAAAAUAUAAAUUCAUGUUUUUACCCUUUUACUCCCAGAAAUAGCCAAAGUAAAAGUUCGAUAAAAUUUUCGAAAUUUUAAUUGUUACAGUGCUGAGAAACAAAUAUUACUACGUCAUAGUACUGCUUAAUAGAAUUCAUGUGAAUGGCAACUCCAUAGGAUUACAUCCAGAGACGCAAAAGUUAAAACCACCUUCUAAAAUUCCAUCAGUUUCUUUAAGAGUGAAAGUGUAUAUGUCAAGAUGUAAAACCUUUCGAAGUCAAUUAUUUCUGAGUGAUUUCUCUCUCAUAACACUGUCUUUGACUCUAAAGAUGACUACUGCACAAACUGUUGUCAACCUGACAACAGUCCUCCUGAUCAGGACUCACUCGCCCGGACGAUCAUAUUCAACCCACUUAUGACCCGACUCUUGGCUCAAACUAUUUAGUCUAACUCCACUUUACGGACACUUCAUUAUUACAGACAGUUUGCUUUGUCUGUGGGGACCAAAAGCCAUUACAUUUUCUCUAAAUUUCAACCCGCUUAAUACGGACAACCCGUUAAUACAGACACUUUCUAUACCCCCCCCCCCCCCCCCAUGCCCGUCUCUUGGGUCAAACUUUUUAGUCCAACCCCCCUUUUCGGGCACCCCCUUUUCCCGGGUAGUUUUGUUUUGCCCCGGGGAAAAAAAACCCCUUAAUUUUUUGUAAAUUCCAGCCCCUUCAAACGGACACCCCCUUAAAAAAGACCCCUCCCCCCCCCCCCCCCACUUCCCUACCCCAAAUCUCCGUAUUCACAGGGUUUGACUGUACUAUGAAACAUAACAGCUCAUUGCGCCUUGGCAAUUAUCGGGACUUUCGAGAAAAAGGUCGCAGGUCACUGACGCAAACGCUGUGCAAGUUUUCAAGUAGCCUGUUCCAGGCUCUAUGCAGAAUUUUUUGCCGCCACCACUCCCUUCUCCAGAUCACGCGCGUCUUAUUUUUGCUUGGCUCGUUUUAUUUUCGCGACGCUCCUAGCUACUAUCCUAGAGCCUGGCGCAGGCUAAUCUUUAAGUAGCACAGAAUCUUGCUAAUAUAAGCGUUAUUGAUUUAUUCUGUUUAAGGACUCCCCUCGUCUUGGGCCGCUGGAACUGCAGCUUCUAUCAGUAAUAGGAAUGAAGAAACCGAUCUUGCCUUACCCAUCUAACUCGGAAAGUGGAGAAAACCAACUUGUUUUAGCUUCAGAAUCGGCGGGCGUCGUUUCACGACCCGAGAACUACACCAGCCCUCACAACUGGCCCAUUACUAACAACAUGCUACAAACAUUGGCCAUACAAUAAAUAUUUUGCAAUACUCGUCAACUAAAAAUGGGUAUCGAAAUUUUGUAUUGUUCUCACGUAUUUAAGGUAUUUAAGGCUAAGUUAUUGUUGACAUCCUUACUAAUUAUGACGAGAGAAGUUGAAGAACAGAUUGAACAUAUGCCUGACGCUCGUGAUAUGUCAGCAUCUUUGGCAGUUUUAUAAUUUGUGUACAUACAAUGUAAAAUUCUGUACGAUUUUAAGUGUAGUUGCGACCACAAAAAUUAAAAUACUGAAG